AUGCUUCGGCGGUUGUUCAAGAAGAGCGAUCCGAGUGAAGCACGCGUUCACAGAGUGAAACUGCCGGAUGAGCCGAGCAGGAUGUAUUUCGACAAAGAGAAAGGGAGGUGGCGCGAAAGAGGCCAGGAGCACCUGGAAGAGGAGGAGGCGGCAUUGCCUCCACCCCCAUCCACGAGGAAGCAGGCCGAGAAGAAGGAAGAGACCGCGAAGGAGACGUCUGCCUUGGAAAACAUGAUGGCUCCGCCACCAAAUCCUUAUGGCAAUCUGUUUGGCGGUGCCGGCAAGCAAAAGGCACCCCCUGCAGUGAUUCGCACCACACAAGUAUCAUUGGAAGCGCCUCCUGCCCCCGCUGAUGCAAGUGUAUUGGUCGGAGGUGCCCCGGCAGCAGCAGCAGCUUCGGAAGGAUUUGGGGCGCCGGUCGCAGUUCCGACGAAUCCCUUCGCACCCAUAUCCAUCCCAGGCGGCAGCAAGGAGAGCACCAAGCAGCAGAGACUUAAAGAGAAGCCGCCAGCGGCGUCCUUCGCUGCUCCUUGCGGCCAAGCUCCGCCUUUGGCACCCAUUGCAGAUCCUGAGGGAGGCGGGGGAGAAAGAGAGCUCGAAGAUGAAGGCCAAGAUGCUCGAAACGCAGAGCCAACUGGUGCUGAGCCCGAGCCGCUAAGCUCCAACCCCUCCUCGAACAGCGCCUUUGCUCAGCAGGAGGAUGCAGGUCUACCAGAACCGUAUGAAAUAGAGGCUGUUCGGCUAGAGUCGGUGAGGGGUGCAGAUGAUGCGCAAAAGGUCGAGGCUGCGCCUGAACCACGGCUUCUUGCCAGCGCAGAUGGCAUGCAAAAGGCUGAGGAUGUGCUUGAAUCAAAGCCACUUGCGAGUGCAGAUUAUGCGGAAAAGGCUGAUGAGGAUGUGCCUGCAUCAAGGCCGCUUGCGAGCCCAGAUGAUGCGCAAAAAGCUGAGGAUGUGCUUGAAUCAAAGCCACUUGCGAAUGCAGAUUAUGCGGGAAAGGCUGAGGAUGUGCUUGAAUCACAGCCGCUUGCGAGUGCAGAUGAUGCGGAAAAGGCUGAGGAUGUGCCUGAAUCACAGCCGCUUGCGAGUGCAGAUGAUGCGGAAAAGGCUGAGGACGUGGCUGCAUCACAGCCGCUUGCGAGUGCAGAUGAAGCGGAAAAGGCAGAGGACGUGCCUGCAUCAAAGCCGCUUGCGAGCUCUGAUGAUGCGCAAAAGGCUGAGGAUGCGCCUGAAUCACAGCUUCUUGCGAGUGCAGAUGAUUUGCAAAAGGCUGAGGAUGUGCUUGAAUCAAAGCUGCUUGCAAGUGCAGAUCAUCCGCAAAAGGCUGAGGAUGCGCCCGAUGCACAAAAGGCCGAGGAGGCAGAUGCCACAACAAAUGCACAGGUUGCAGAUCUGCAAGCCAAGUUGCAGCAGGCAGAACGGCGAGCUGCAAGUGCUGAGGCCCGAGUUGCAGAGCUCCAGGCAGGAUUACAAGAGGCCAACCGACGGGCUGCGAUUGCUGAGGCGCAGCUGGCGCAGGCAGAGCAGCCACCUCAGCCUUUUGCCAGAAUGCCGGAGUCCAGUGAGGCAUCAGGGCGAGAAGCAUUGGCCGCCGUCGAGAACCGCGAAGGAAAGCAGAUCGCUUCAUUGGUUAACCUUAUGGAGAAGCAUAUCUCCAACCUGGCCGUUUGCUCACAGGUGUGCAGCUCACUCGAGAAUCUGACCUUUACAGAUGUGAAUCACCAGUCACAGGUUGUUGAGUUGGGUGGUGUUGAAUUGAUUUUGAAAGUGUUGGAGACUCAUGAGGAUGCAGAUGGGGCCAUGCUGCGCCCUGUAAUAGAUGCUUUAUGGAAUUUGACCUUCCACGUCAAGGCAGUCGACAGGGCCACGGCAGCAGGAGCUGUCCCCCGUGUUGCGUCAGUCCUGGCCAAGAACUUGCCAAAUCCGGAUGUGCUGGGUGGAGUAUGUGCAGUCUUGCUCAACCUGGCAGUCAACGACGAAAACCGCCACCAGAUUGUACAGUGCGGUGGCACCGAAUCCAUGGUGAAAGCCAUCAUGGAACACCAGGCCCAGGAGGACGUCGUUGAACACGCGUGUCAAGCACUGUAUUUGCUUGCCUACCACACCGAGCUUCGGCCAAGUGUGGUGGCAGCCAACGCUGCAAAAGCAGCUGCACUGGCGACCACGUGCAGUGGCCCACGAGCCCCGAGAUGGGGGCGGAUCCUCGAAGAGGUGCUCGCAUGUUGA